ACACCGUGCCUUCAAAUCCUUAAUAAACCCAAACCGAAUCAGAAACAAACCAAAGAAAUUCUGUUUCUUUUUGUUUUUUAAUACAAAAAAAUUAAUUAGUACUAGUAAAUAAAUAUUUUAUUAGUAGCCCAAAAUAAAUAAAAAUAUUUUAAUUGCUAGGUGUAUAAAUAGAUAGGGUGGGAGAGGCAGACGGGGAAAAAUCAUAAACAAAAGGCGAAUAGGCGAUAGGCAUAGUAUUAAGCCUUUUAUUUUAUUUUUGUUCUUUUUUCGUUGAGCGACGAAGCUUCGAUUGUUUUGUUUAUGAUGCGUCGCUCUGCAUCCAAGAAAACGGGUCAACCCAAUUCCACCAACCCGAUUACUUAUUCUCCCUCCGAUCUCUUUCGCACCGCUUCAAGUAAGGCAUCUUCAAAAGAGAUGGAACGGAUUGACAACCUAUUCUAUGCUUAUGCCAAUAGGUCUUCUGGUAUGAUUGACCCAGAAGGGAUUGAAACUCUAUGUUCCGAUAUGGAAGUCGAUCACACAGAUGUUAGGAUCUUGAUGCUUGCUUGGAAAAUGAGAGCUGAAAAACAAGGAUACUUUAUCCUGGAGGAAUGGCGAAGAGGGCUGAAAGCACUGAGGGCUGACACUGUAAGUAAACUGAGGAAGGCCCUCCCAGAGCUAGAGAAAGAGAUCAGGAGGCCAUCAAACUUUGUGGAUUUCUAUUCCUAUUCAUUCCGCUAUUGCCUGACAGAGGAGAAACAAAAGAGUAUAGAUAUAGAGAGCAUAUGUCAAUUGCUGGAUCUCGUUUUAGGAUCCCAAUUCCGUGCGCAGGUUGACUAUUUUAUUGACUAUUUGAAGAUUCAGAGUGAUUAUAAGGUCAUAAACAUGGAUCAAUGGAUGGGCUUUUUUCGGUUCUGCAAUGAGAUAAGUUUCCCAGACCUUAAUAAUUAUAAUCCAGACCUCGCUUGGCCAUUGGUCCUGGACAAUUUUGUAGAAUGGAUGCAGGCGAAGCAAAGCUAAAACUUAUGUGGUUUGGUCAACUUGAUUCUCAGCUGUAAACACCAUCUUUAUCAAAGCAGGAAUGUUGGAAGUACGGAACCAAGCUUCUCCAGCUGCCUUUUAUAUCUUUUUUACUUCAAAACAUGAUAGUCGUCGUCAAAACUUUCCUUCCAAAAUUACUUCUUCAUGUUGCAAAUAUGCUGGAGACUGUCUCAAUAUAUUUGAAGUGUAUUUCUAUUGUAGCUUCCAUCAUUAGUACUUCUAAACUGUGCCCAACUAGAUUUAUUUUAAUAAUUUGUCUUCAUCUUGGAAGCAGUUGGAUUGUGAUGUUAUAUGAUGAACAAAAUUAUUUAUCAGAUUACAGAGAUGUUACGUUUGGCCUGUUU